UUACCUGGCCCCACCCCCCGGAAGAGAAGUUGACGGAGCUCAGGAGAGAGAGAUCUGAGAAUGGGAAGCCGGGUACAAUAGGGGGCCUCACUUCCCCUCAGCAAUACAGAUGCUUGGGGAAGCAUGAACUCCCCCAGUAGUCCCCAGUUCACCUCAGGACUGCCCUCAGGAAGCACCUCCCCGAGUGGGGAUGAUGGUUUCUUCCCCUUUGUGCUGGAGAGGCGAGAUUCCUUCCUGGGGGGGCCGGGGCCUGGGGAUGAGAAGCCAGAAGAUGAGCCUGAGGACCUGGCUGUGCUGCUUCAGCGAAAAGAGAAGGACUUACUACUGGCAGCUGAGCUGGGCAAGAUGCUUUUAGAACAGAACGAGGAGCUGAGCCGAAGCCUGGAGGUUCUCAAGGCCCAACACGCUGAACGGGAGGAGCGGCUACAGCAGCAGAACCAUGAGCUUCGACAGGGCCUGGCUGCCCGUGGAGCCGAGUGGGAGGCUCGGGCCGGGGAGCUGGAGGUCGAUGUGGCUGCCCUUCGAGCUGAACUUGGGGAGCGCCGUUCAGAGCAGCAGAACAGUGGGCGCCAACGAGCCCAAGCACUUACAGAACUCAGUGAGCAGAACCUCAGGCUGAGUGAGCAGCUUGCACAGGCCUCCCAGACAGAACAAGAACUGCAAAAAGAACUGAGCACCCUUCGAGGAGAGUACCAGGCCCAGCUGCUGGUGGGAACUGAGAUGAGGGCCAGACUAGAAAGCCUUCAGGGAGAGAACCAGAUGCUCCAGAGCCGGAGGCAGGACCUGGAAGGGCAGAUCAAGAGCCUGCAGGAGGAGGCUGAUCAGGGUCAGGGCCGAGUACAAGCCCUGCACGAGGAGCUGUUGCUUCUCAGAAGGGAGAGAAGGGAACACAGCCUAGAGCUAGAACGAGCCCGCUCGGAAGCCAGGGAAGCACUUGUGUCACUCAGACGGCUCCAGCAGCACGUCUCGGAGCUUGAGGAGGAAUCCCGGCUCCAGGAUUCAGAAGUCUCUGGGGCUUCCCUGCAAUCUGAGAUUGCCCACAGCCUAGAUGAGGAAGGAGAUCCCCAACUUCCAGCGGCACCCCAGGUGAUCCACAACCCUAAUCUCCUCCACAAUUCAUCAGAAGCCCAGUCUCCUCCAGAAGAAGGAUUGGAGCCCCCUAGGAAGCGGGCUUCCAUGAGUCCUGGAGAAAUGCUGGAAGAGAAGGAAGUAGAAAUGGAACGGCUACAAACUGAGUUAUCUUUGCGGGUGGAAGAGUUGCAGUCCCUCCGAGAAGAACUGCAGAGACAAAAGGAACUGAGGGAAGACAAAGACCCCGAGUCAGCACUGAAUAAGGCAUUCUCUGACCGGGAUGACGCUGUGAACAAGUCUUUGGCCCUUUCCCUGGAACUGACCCGAGUCUCCUUGGAACGGGACUCUCUUUCUCGGGAACUGCUCCGAACCAUCCACCAGAAGGUAGCAAUGUCUCAGGAACUGGAGGCCUGGCAGGAUGAUAUGCAGGUGGUGAUUGGACAGCAGCUUCAUUCUCAGCGACUAAAGGAGCUUAAUUCCCAGCCAGUAGUCCCCCACCAAGAGGCAACAAAAUUCUCCUUGGGAAGAGGGACAGGGGCUGGUAGCUUCUUCACCAACCUGUUCAGAAGGACCUGAGGGGGUGCUUGGAUUGCAUAUGGGAAUGGUGACUUGGAGGUGACUUUUCUGGAAAGGGUUCAGGAUACUAGGGGUAAAGUGGGCCAAUGAUAUGGGGAUAUGGGUUGGCAAAAUGUAAUUAAGACUCCAAAUCUUGGAGCACAGCAGAAGUGGGAGCAGAGAAGGCUUCCAAAUCAAGGCAGGGCUUGGGAGGGGAAACCUUCUUCCCUCCAACAGAGCUCACAGAGGUGUCUAUUUUGCAUACUCAUAGGCUUAUCUUUUCUAAACCACAAUAAACUUCCUCUAGGCAGGGGUUGGGGGGGAAUCCAUAGAGGGUAUUUAUGUAACAAGGUCUAACAGAGUAAUAUAUAAAUGGAUAUGAAAUCUU